AAGAAACAAACAAAAAUGUAAUCACAGCUUAAUCUUCAUAAUCUUAUCGGGGCGUACGUCACUCUAAAUCAAUGCCAAAUUAUUUAGUACAAUCUGAUCUCAUAAAACGCGUAACACGUAAAACAUGACAUGAAGUGAUGAGCGCCGAGGAGUACCCUUUGAUCGCGCUGACAGAAACUACCAGAGCGUACGUCGCGGAGGUGGCAGCAGAUGAAAAACAAAGAAAUGUCGAACCUCCUCGGACUAUCCCCUCCGGCCUGGGAGAAAGGCUUCACAGCCUGCCUACAUUCCAGGUGAGACCCAACUGGCGCAAGCUGCGGCGAAGUCUGCGACGCAUCAACUGCUUCAGGAGCGAGGAGGAGGAGGUCCUAGUAGAGGUGCCGAGGCAUAAGAGUAUAGACAUCGGCGUCGGCCUGGCUAGAAGGAUGUCCCUGUUUAUAUUCACCAGGAAAACCGUGUGCACGCACCCUUACCACCCCUUCACACCGUCGCAAACGACACGGAAAAUAUUCUUCCUUCACGACGAUAAAAAACAUCCUCAAUGAUUGAAACUGAACGGUGGAUUUCAUGUGAAAAUUAGUGGAAGUGU